AUGGGGUUACUUCAGGACACUACGCCGGAGUUUCCGCAUGUGUAUUGGCUUGCUAUCGCCGUUGUUGGAGUCAUCGUGGGGUACAAGGUGUUGAACUAUGGAAUGAGGCCCAAGAAUAUGCCCCCAGGGCCACCCACAAUUCCUAUUCUUGGUAAUCUCCACCAGAUGCCACUAAAGGACUUCCAUUUCAAAUUCAGGGAAUGGGCUCAGCAAUAUGGACCCAUAAUGACCUUGAAGUUGGCGGGUCAGACUAUGGUCCUCAUGAACGAUGAAACUGUCAUCAAAGACUUGUUGGAAAAACGCGGCCAUACUUAUGCUGCUCGUCCUGAUUUGUUCAUUCGCGAGUUCGGCGGUAACAUGAAUAUUGCGUUUCGAGACAAUGACGAUGUCUGGAGACGUCAACGGAAAAUGUACCAUCUUCGCCUGAAUAAAAAAGUCGCGAAUCAGUACAUUCCCUACCAGGCCUUCGACAGUACUCAGCUGCUGAAUGAGAUGCUAGAUACACCCGAUGACUUCUCUCGACACUUGCAACGGUACACUACCAGUGUAGCUUCUACUGUACUCUACGGCUUCAGGACGACGAGUAGCGGGGGGAGAGUCAAGGAUUUGAUGGAUUGGAUGGAUCUGACAAGUGAAGCGGCGAAUCUGCAACUCGUGGACUUUUUCCCAUUUCUUCGACCAUUCUACCGCUACUGUCCCACAUUCCUGAUGCCCUACAAGCAAUUACUGGCAAAGAUUAGGGUCAUCGAAGAGAACUUAUUCAUACAGCUCAUGGAAGGCGCAAAGACUAGCAUUCAAGAGGGCAAAGUGUAUCCAAGCUUCAUCCGUGAUAUGCUUCUUAGCGAAGACAAAGAUCGAUUGACCGAUGUAGAGAUAGCAAACAAUGCUGCUCAUGGCUUCGGCGCAGCUACAGAUACGCAAUGGAACACCAUGCUCGGAUUCGUUAAAGCUAUGAUUCUUUAUCCAGAUGUCCAGGCGGAAGCGCAACGUGAGAUUGAUCGGGUUGUGGGACCAGAUCGACUCCCUGUCUGGGAAGACCGAGAGAACCUACCCUAUAUUCGUGCUAUUAUCGAAGAGUCGCUAAGAUGGAUGCCCACGACUCUAAGUGCUGCCGUACCGCACUCAUUACUGAAAGACGACAUCUACAAGGGAUAUCUAAUACCCAAGGGCUCAUCAAUGUUCAUAAACGUCUGGACGCUGAAUAACAACGUGAAGAACGACCCCCGGGCUUUCGAUCCCUCCCGUCACGGCGCAGAGAAUACGCUAAGCGACAACUAUGGUAUCGACCCAGACUCCAGCAAGCGCCCUCACUUCACAUUCGGUGCUGGCCGCCGCGUGUGCCCUGGUUUCCAUGUUGCUGAACGAGGUCUCUUCACCGCCAUUUCCCGCCUCUUAUGGGGGUUCAAGUUCUUACGCAAGCUCGAUAGUGCCGGCGUGCCUAUUCCGAUUAAUCAAGAUGAAGUCACCCAGGGGUUCAUCGUUCGCCCCGUGCCGUAUCCUGCUGUGAUCGAAACCCGUGAUCAACGUAAGACUAAGAUUAUCCGAGACUCCUGGAAGGAAGCUCAGAAGUCGCUGGAUGCGGAUGGUAACUUCACGGAGGAGUUCUUCGAGAGAGUAUUCGUUUCCAAGGAGAAGAGACCUUAG